CAUGAAUGCAAGAUGCAUCUGUGGAAAAGUGUGCAAGAACUCGCAUGGCCUAAAGAUCUAUCUGGCCAGGAUGAAGUGUAGGGAGCAGGGGAACAUACUGCAACGCACAGGACCUGAUUCUGGUGAGACGCAGGAGGAGCCCGGCCAGGAAGCACCCCACAGUGCCCAGCUCCUCCAAGCAGUAGAACCUCUGAACCCCUGCAGAAUAGUCCAACACAAGCAGAUCGAGUGGCCUUCAGCCAACAGCCAGACAGUAUGGGCACAAUUUGACACAGACGUGAGCCAGAUCUUGGAAACCACCGCCAAGAGAGAGGUGGACAAGUGCCUUGAGACCAUGACGCCAUCUUUGUCAGCUAUGCAGCAGAGAGGUUUGGCCACAGUGAGGGCAGGAACACCAAGACCAGCUACCACGACGAACCACAGGGCCACUCAGAUCCACAAAUUAUGUCAAGAACUCUGGAGCCUCAGGAAACAGUACAAGGUGGCCAGUGAAGAGGAGAAACAACCACUUGCUGAUCUUCGCAACAUCCUGAGGAAGAAGCUCAUGACGUUGUGUUGGGCAGAGUGGCACUGUAGGCGGAGAAAGGAGAGAGCAGGGAAGCGCGCUGCGUUCAUUUCCAACUCCUUCAUUUACCCUUUCGUUUACCAAGAAGCUGUUGGGGGAUAAGCGCAGCGGCCACCUCAUGUGCUCAACUGCAGAGGCAAACGCUUUCUUGCACAACACCCUGAGCGACCCAGACAGGGACCAGGAGCUUGGACCACAGAGGGCCCUUAUAAGCCCGCAAGCGCCAGCAGUGGAGUUUGUAAUGAGAGAGCCCAGCUGGACAGAAGUGCAGGAGGUUGUGAGGGGAGCCAGAACAGCAUCAGCCUCAGGCCCCAGUGGUGUUCCAUACACUGUGUACAAAGGCUGCCCACAACUACGUUGACACCUGUGGAAGAUUUUGAGGGUGAUCUGGCGCAAGGGAAAAGUUGCAGGCCAAUGGAGAUGCGCAGAGGGUGUAUGGAUCCCGAAGGAAGAGGACUCAAAGGACAUCAGUCAGUUUAGAACCAUCUCGCUGCUAAGUGUUGAAGGCAGGAUUUUCUUCAGCAUCUUGUCGCGAAAACUAAGAGUUCCUUCUGAGGAACAGCUACAUUGACACCUCUGUUCAAAAGGGCGGGAUUCCUGGGGUGCCUGGCUGUCUGGAACACACUGGCAUGGUGACCCAGCUCAUCAGGGAGGCUCGUGAAGGAAAAGGAGAUUUUACCGUACUCUGGCUGGACCUUACCAAUACGUACGGCUGCAUACCUCACAAGCUUGUGAGCUCGCCCUCCUGCGACAUUAUGUUCCUAGCAAAGUCACAGACCUUAUCCUGGAUUACUACAACAAUUUUAGGCUAAGAGUCACUGCUGGGUCAGGCACAUCAGACUGGCACUGACUUGAGAAAGGCAUAAUAACAGGCUGCACAAUCUCAUUGUCAUUUUGUUUGCACUCGCCAUGAACAUGAUCCUCAAGUCAGCAGAGGUGGAGUGUAGGGGACCCUUGACAAAAUCUGGAGUACGCCAGCCCCCUAUAAAAGCUUUUAUGGAUGACCUAACUGUCACCACCACAUCUGUCCCGGGCAGUAGAUGGAUUCUCCAAGGCCUAGAGGGAGAACGUUCUGCAAUGAAAGAUCACCUGGUCCAACAUCUGGAAAGCAGACACCCUUAACAUCAGGUUUUUAGUCCAGGCUGUUUACGAUGUCCCACCAAGCCCAACCAACCUCCACAUCUAGGGCAAAACAGAGACAUCAUUCCGUCCCCAGUGUCCAGGACGGGGAUCCCUGGACCACCUCUUCAGCUGCCCAAAAGCCCUUGGAGAAGGGCGCUAUCGCUGGCGCCACGAUUAAGUUCUAAAGGCGGUUGCUGAGAGCAUAGCCAUGGCCAUUAACACCAUCAAGAGCCACAACAAGCCUAAGACCAUAAGUUUCCACAGAGCUGGAGAGAAGCCAGACAUC